AUGGAAGUUCUGGAGGCCAGUGAUGAGGGAAAGGAGAAAUCCAAAUUUAAAGGCUUCAAGAAAUUUUUUGAGAAGAAGAAGAAAGAAGAGCCUGAAGAUGCCUGGGGAAGGAGGAGGCUCAAAUCAAGCUUGUCCUGUGACAGUAUUGACAUGGUUUUUGUGAAGCCAGUUUGCAAAGGUCAACAAACCAAGCCUAGGGCCAAGAGCAGCAUGGGGAACAAAGCCCUGUCCUAUGACAGCACCUUCAUGUUGGAGUCUGAGUCUGAAAGAUCAGGAAGCAAAAUAGGCCCCACUCCAGAGGUCCAGAGAGACAGACUGCUUCAGAGAUCUCAUGUUUUUAGAGGUCUGCCUAGAGCUUGGACUGAUAGUAUGCAUGGAGGUGUGUUUGGAGCUAUGCAGCAAUAUGUGCCCAGAAGUGGAGUCUGGGAUUCAGGUUCCAAGAUCACUGAGAUCCCACCACAGCGCCCACGCCAAUCCAGGACCAACCCACGUCUUAUUCGAUCUGACACAGUCUUUAGGGAUUUUGAAGAAAUCUCUGUUGAGGAUGAGUCACCGAAGAGCCCACGAAAGGAGGGUUCAUCAGACAUGACCUUGACAUUGAAGAAGAGCUCCCUGCAGCAUAUCACUCAGAGAUCAGAAACCUCAAAUCUAGGUGAACCACUUCCAACAGAACCAAAGCAGGAGAAGCCAAGCCUUCCACUGGCUUCUGAAGAAAAGAAAAGAACAACCGAACCGAAAGAAGCUGACCAAAAGAAGCCGAAAAAAGACAGUACAGGUGCCUCAGGCUGGGAACCGAGAAACAAAACUGGGACUUAUGAACAGAAGACAACAGAUCAGGCUGCAAACAGAGAUGCUGCUGAGAGCCAGGGCUACCCAUUUCCAGCAGCAUACAGAAGACAAUGUGGAAGGAGAGGCUCAAGUACUUCAGAAAUACGUGAGCAUGAAUCCAAAGGAAGAAGCUUUAAACCAUCCAGUCGAGCACUUGGCCUAGGCAAUGGAGCUGGGUCCCCACCUGCCGGUAAGACUGCCAGGGGUUUCCCUUCCUGGCACCUGCCGUUGGAGAAGCAAGUCACAGAGCAGCCCCCAAAGGCACGAACAGAAAGCGCUACUCCUCAGGGGCUGCUUUCAGAUAAAGAUGACAUGGGAAGGAGAAAUGCCGGUAUAGAUUUUGAAGGCAGAAAAGCAUCAGCAUCACAACCCAUACCUGAAGACAUGGAAGAGUCCAUGGUUAGUGGUCUGUCACCAUCCCAUGGAGAUGGGGCUUCUGGAGCCAAGAAGACAGAAACCAAGAAGAAAGAACCCGUGGUAGGAAGCCCUUCUACAACCCGAGAUAUUUUCUCAGUGACACUGGAGCAUCAGGUGUUUAUGGAUCCUUCUCAUAGCCAGUCAGAAGAGGAAGAAGCGUCCAGCUUUGAUUUGAAAAGUGUCCAAUUUAAAAUGAAGUCAGCUCAAGAUACCUACAAAGAAAAGUCUCCUGGAAACGUUGUCCAGGCCUUUACAGCAAGCAUUUCAGAUACCGAGAGAGCUUUGGUACAGGGAGGUAUUACUGCAGAGAGGCUGCCUCCCAGAAGCCUUUCCCCGUCCUCAGGGGAGCUGAAAGCUGAAGCCGUUGCCUCAGAUUCAGAGGGUACUUCAGAGGCGGGCAGUCGUUCUGAGCAGCAGCUGGCUUUCCAGCCCUCCAAGAAGCACAAAAAUGAACAAGAAGUCUUCCCAGAAUCAGAAAGUUCAGCUGUGGAAGUGAGCGGUCCUGAGCAGCAGCAGGCUCCUAGGUGGGGGGCUCCUAGAUAUUCUUCCUGGGCCUUGGGGAAGCCAGAAGUGGAAGCCGUCUUUUCGCAUUAUGAGGGUGCUUCCAAAGAGGGGAGUGGCUUUGGGCAGCAGCGGGCUCCCAGGCACUCCCUCCAGCCUUUGAGGAAGUCCAAAGAUGGCCAAGAAGUCUUCGCAGAAUCCGGUUUUGUAGUGCAAAUGACCAGUUCUGAUGAGCAGCUGGCUCCCAGAUGCACUUCCCAGGCUUUGGGGGAGCCUGAAGAUGAAGUCUCCACAGGAUCAAAGAGUUAUGUCGAAAAGUACAAGAGGGCUGAGGAUUGGAGCAGCUGUGAGGAAAAUCUGCGUCCCGGACCCCCUUCCCAGGCUUUGGGGAGGCCCAAAGACCGAAAACAAGUCUCCUGGGCUUCAAAGAAUGUGUCUGGAGCGUGGGGUGCUUCUGUGCAGCAGAUGCCUCCCAGGCACCCUUUCCAGUCCUGGGUGGGCCCUACAUCCAAGCAACAAGCCUCUGCAGGUCCAGAGAGCGCUGCUGUGGAGUGGGGCAUUCCCAUGGGGCCACGGCCUCCCAGAGUGACUUCUGAGGCCCCGACGAGACCAGUAGUCAAACAACCAAUCUCUGCAGGUCCAGAGAGUGUCGACAUUGAAGGGGGUGCUUCUACCAAGCUGCCGCCUUCCAAACAUUCCCAGUCCACUGUAAGACCUAAACUCCAGGAAAUGUCAAGUUUUGAGGGUGCUGCUGUUGAGGUGGGCAUUUCUGGGAGGUCACUGCCUCCCAGACACCCUGCCCGGUCAGUUAAAAAGUUAAAAGUUGAGGAAAUGUCCUCACGUCUAGAGGGCAUGGCAGUUGAAGAAGGCAUAUCUAAGGAAUUGGUGCGUCCCAAUCUUUUCCAGUUGUUCAUGAAGUUCAUGGUACAGCACUUCUUUUCAGAGAGGCCUUCUACUGAGAAGAGAAUCUAUGUGGAUCCUCUGUCUUCAAAUCAACCUUCCAAAUCUUUGUCGAGGCCUAAAAUCGAGCACCAAGUUUUCUCAGGCUACAAGGGUACCGAUACUGAGGGAGGCAUUUCUUUGAAGAAGCUGCCUACGAAAAGCCCUUUACCGUGCUUGGGGAGGCCUGAAGGCCUGCAAAAAGGCUUCUCACGUUCAGAGAGCACUCCUGUAAGGUGGAGUAGUUCUAAACAGCAGCUGCCUUGCAGACACCCUGGCCAAGCCAAAGAUGAGGCUGAAUUUCAGCCACAGACUUUCUCAACAGGCCCAGUGAGUGCACCUGUGGAGUGGAGGGGCUCGGGGGAGCACCUGCCUCCCAGACACCCUUUUCAGGCUCCUGCAGCCCCUGAACAGCAGCAACAGGUUUAUUCAAGUCCCAAAAGUGCUGCUGCUGAGGGAACCAUUUUGGAGAGCGAUCCUAGCUGCUGGUCCCUACCGAGAGACCCAGCUUCUCCAAACAAAACCAAGCAACACAGCCAAGGCUCUGAAGACCUCAUUAAGAACAUCCUGAUUCCUGCUACCAAAGCUGUGAAGUUCACCAAUGCUCCUGUCUGGCAAACGUCCACUUCUGGGGGCACUUACUCUGAUCAAGGUAACAGCCAUUCAAAUUCACCCACCAGUCGGGCUGUUGUUGAAAACGUUUUUGGAGUCCAACUGAGAAAAACCUCUUCCUCACAGGAGUAUAAGGGUGAGAAAAAAGAUUUUACCAAGCUUCCUUCUGUUUCCCAAAGGGGAAAAGCUCCUGGUCGACAGUCAGAUCAUGCCAUCUCAGAGCCAGCUUGGAUAACCAUGAUAAAGCAGAGGCAGGGGAGUCUCCAGGCCAACAUUCCCGUGAAAGAGCCAAAAACCAAGAAUAGAGCUGGAGCCAAGGCUGAGACUAAGGAACCUAGAUAUGGGAGAACUGGCCUUGCAAAUGAAAACCAACCAAGGAGUGUUUUCACUUCUGAUGUCAACAGACAGGAGAUGGCACGGAAGCCACCGAAGUCUACCAAAACAGUAAGAUUCGAAGAUGAGAAGAUAUUUCAAGUACCUUCUGUGGAAAAAGAAACCAGAAAGUCUUCAACUGUCCCAGCCAUGCUACAACAGCCGGCUAAGCCAACUGAGCCAGGCUGGUUCUCCGUGGCCAAGAAGAAAGACAAAGCAUGAAACCACGUAGCCAUGUAG